AUGCUCACCAAGUCUCUGGCCGUCGCGGCCCUGGCCGUUCUCCCGGCCCUGGCAACCCCGUCUGUUAAUGUCUACUGGGGACAGUCGGGCACCGACAGACUCAGAGAAUACUGCGAGAACUCCAGCUUUGAGUACGUUACGGUCGGCUUCAUCAACAAGUCGCCCGAGCAUGACUCCUCAAGCUUGGAGUACCCCGGCAGUAACUUCGCUUCCCACUGCAUGAAUGAAUACUACCAGGACUCCAACGGCGUCAAGUCGAAUCUCCUCAGCAAGUGUGGCAAGCUCGCCGCCGAUGUCAGGUACUGCCAGAAGAAGGGCAAAAAGGUGCUGCUCUCCAUCGGCGGUACAUGGAACCCGCCCGCUGCCGACUACACUGUUUCGAGCCCCGCCAAAGGCGAGGAGUUUGCCAGCUUCCUGUGGAAUGCCUUUGGUCCUUACCAGGCCUCAUGGGGGAAGCGAGCCAGACCCUUCGACGACUAUUACGGCGGUCCCGAGGAUGAGGCCGACAAGCACUUUGUGGUGGACGGAUUCGACUUCGACAUUGAGCACAAGUUCGACGACCAAAGCGGUUAUGUCGCCAUGGUCAACAAACUUCGUGAACUGACCCAGUCGGACUCGGCAAAGAAGUAUCUCAUCACGGCGGCGCCCGAGUGUCCUUUGGAUGAUUUGUGGUUCAAGAUGAAGACGAUCAUCCAGCAGAGCAUUUUUGAUGCCCUCUUUGUCCAGUUCUACAACAACCCUGGCUGCGCCGGAUCUUUGAACAACUUCGACGCGUGGGCCGAGUAUCUCAAGACCACGGCCAGCAAGGAUGCCAAGAUCUUCAUCGGCCUGCCAGGCUCCCAGCAGGCCGCCGGCUCCGGCUACCUCGCGCCCGGCGAGGCAAAGAACUUGUUGAACAAGCACAAGGACAAGCCCGCUUUCGGAGGUGUCAUGGUCUGGGAUGCCUACUUCGGCAGCCAAAACAAGGUCGGCGGCAAGCCCUACUACGAGCUCAUGCAUGAGUAUGCCUGUGGCACGUCCGCCCCGACUUCACCUUCACCAACACCAACCCCGACCACUUGCGUGCUGAAGCACUCUGUCGUGAGCGGCGACAGCUGCUACUACAUUGCCGAAUACUACGGCCUCGACGACGUCGACCAGUUGAAGAGCUACAACCCGGGGCUUACCUGCAAUUUGCGUAUUGAUGACCAGCUCUGCGUGAGAAUGGGCAACUCGCCUAAGACGACGUCGACCAGCACCUCGGCCAGCAGCACCUCGAGCAGCACCUCCACUUCGACCACUUCGUCCACUUCGACUGAGUCUUCCCCCUCGAUUGUGUCUUCCACUGCGAGCAGCGCGUCCUCUUCGUCCACCUCGACUGAGUCUUCCACGUCGACCGAGUCAUCAUCAAUUGCCUCCUCGACUGAGUCCGCCACGUCGACUGAGACUACCUCAUCCACUUCUGAGGCUUCUUCGACAACAUCGGAAAGCACCACCAUCACCCAGGGCCCCAGCACCACCUCGACAAGCGAGACCGCUACCAGCACCUCGACUGAGGAGGAUGACACGUGCACCGAUGACGAGACCAGCACCUCUGCCACCGAGACUGUCACCGAGACUGCCUCGGGAAGCUCCACCAUCACCGAGGCCCCUGGUACCACUUCCACUACGAGCAGCGAUGCUGCUAGCAGCACUUCGACCGACGACGACGUGUGCACGGAUGACGAAACCAGCAGUUCUGCCACAGAGACUGCCACUGAGAGCUCCACCAUCACCCAGUCUCCGGAGACGACAACGACAAGCAGCAAUGUUGCCAGCAGCACCUCGACCGAGGAUGACGUGUGCACUGAUGAUGAGACCAGCACUUCCGCCACUGAGACUGCCACGGAGACUGUCUCCCAGACUGCCACGGAAACUGCCUCCCAGACUGGUACCGAGACGGCCUCCCAGACCGCCACGGAGACUGUCUCCCAGACUGCCACGGAAACUGCCUCCCAGACUGCGACUGAGACGAUCUCCCAGACUGGUACCGAGACGGCCUCCCAGACCGCCACGGAGACUGUCUCCCAGACUGCCACGGAAACUGCCUCCCAGACUGCGACUGAGACGAUCUCCCAGACUGGUACUGAGACGGCCUCCCAAUCUGCCAGCGUGACUUCCACCGAGACUUCCUCCCAGUCGGGUGUCAGCUCCACGGCCUCGACUUCUGACAGCGGCUCCGUCCCGAGCACCACUGCUUCCCAGAGCUACACAACGUCGACCAUUUUUACUACGACCACCUACACCGUCACUUCUUGUGCGCCGUCUGUAACAAGCUGCCCUGGCCGCGUUGUCACCGAGACCAUCGCAGUCUCGACCACCGUCUGCCCCGUGACCGCCACCGAGACCGAGACUAGCGCGCCUGAGACCACCACCUCGCUGCCCGCUGGCUGGACUACGUCGACCGUCUACUCAACCAAGACGUACACCAUCACCAGCUGCGCCGCCACUGUGACUGACUGCCCGGGCAAGAUCGGCCAGGUGACGACCGAGAUUAUCGCCGUGAGCACGACCGUCUGCCCCAUCACGGAGGUCACUUCCUCGCCGGCCACCGCCAAGCCGCCCAAGCCAAGCACCACCGGGCACUCCGGCAAGCCCGAGACUGACUCGACCACUGUCACCUCAAUCACUACCACGCGCUUCACCACCCUGACGGUGCCCAAGCCCGAGUCCAGCACUUCGACUAAGGCUUCUUCGGCCCCGGUCCUCCCCUCGGCUGGCUUCUCUACCUCCUCGGUCGCUGUCCGCCCCUCGGGUGGUUUCUCGUCCACGUCGGGUGCUCUCCGCCCGUCGGGGACGCAGCCUGUCACGGCCGGUGCUGCCCGCGAUAUGGUGGCCCUGGGCGUGCCGGCUGUCCUGGCCGCCUUGGUGUUUGCCCUGUAA